AUGUCCAAUAUGCUCCGCCAGCCUCUCACGCGCGGCCUGGCCCGGCGCCCACUCCUAACACCGGGCACCAGCACCGCAGCAAUCUGCCCGCGCUGCUCGCACACCAUCCGCCGGGGCAUGCUGUCCGGGUCGCGCCAGAAGCCAUCACGCCGCUCCGACCUCGACACCCUCAACGUCAACCGCCUCGCCGACCAGUACGCCGAGUACCACCGCACGCGGCAGCAGGCGCUGUCCGCGGGCGCGGUGGCCGGUGUCAUAUCCAUCGUCUACGUGUGCUGGAAGAUCAGCCAGAAGCUGAGGGAGGGGGAGAACGGCGCCGCGACGCAGCUCGACUCGUCGCUGCCGGGCGGUGACCCCCUCUACGAUGGCACGCGCAAGGUCGUCAAACAUGACGAGCAGGGCCGCGAGGUAGUCCCCACGGGAAACAGCUACGUGCCCGAGUUCCCACGGACGGUGGAGCUGCCGGACUUUGGGAGGGCGAACUCGCGGUCGGACGGCCAGGACGGCGGCAUCCCCAGCGUCACGGGGCCCACGCUGGUCGUGCCGCCGUCCGUGGCGAGCAACACCGAGUAUACGCUGGUCGGGCUGGGCACGCGGUCCGUGUCCUUCCUGGGCAUCAACGUCUACGUGCUGGGAUACUACGUGGCGACGCAGGACAUCGCGGAUCUGCAGCGGCAACUCGUGAGCAAGAUCAACCCGAUCGCGUCGACGCUCGUGGCCUCGGAGAAGGAUGACCUGCGCGCCAAGCUCAUGGACGCCGUUGAGGGCGAGCAGAUCUGGGAGGAGCUGUUCAAGGCCGGCAUCCCGGCGCGGAGCAUGGUGCGCGUGGUUCCCGUGCGAGACACGGACUUCCACCACCUGCGGGACGGCUUCGUGCGGGCGAUCCAGGCGCGCGAGGGCAAGGCCAAGGAUGAGGAGUUCGGCGAGGCUAUGAAGGAGUUCAAGCGCAUCUUCAACAGGGGCAAGGUACCCAAGCAGAAGGAGCUGUUGAUGCUGCGGGAUAAGGCAGGGAAGCUGACGCUGGUGUACGACGAGGGCAAGUCCAGCGGCAGGGAGCUGAUCGGCACGGUGAGCGACGAGAGGAUAUCGCGGGCGCUGUUCAUGAACUACCUCGGCGGGAAGAAAAUCGCCAGCGAGGAGGCCAAGGCGAAUAUCAUCAACGGUGUCAUGGAGUUUGUGGAGCGGCCUAUAGGAACCGUAGCCACCCAGGUAUUGUGA